AUGAUGUACGAUUCCUCCGAUUUCUCAUACAGAGAAUUUAGCGAAACUUUGUGUUUGGACGAUCGAUUUGAUAAUGAUACUCUCUUAUUUAGUCAAGAACCAAGUUCCAGUAACACAGAAAAAUAUACUUUGUUAAAUGAAAAUACAAUUUCACCUGUAAAGAAUAAUUUACUUCUAAAUUCGACUGAGUCAGGUCAUUUUUUUACUAUUGGUAAUGAGACUGACUUAAAUAAAAGCCACUAUUACCAAGAUGUGAAUACCGCCUUAAACUUUGUGCAAGUUGAAGAUUCAUUCUACGAUGAAACUACUUUACUGGACGAUAAUACAGUUGAUCAAUUUUUAUUGCCCGCCCAAAUCAACAAUUCUCCAAAUACCGAAAAGGAUUCCAAAUUGAAUGGUCCUGAUAUUUUGGCACUAUUUUCCUGUGUUAUUUGCCAUGACAUUUUUACUACUGAUGCAGAUUUACUAGAUCACACUAUUUUAAUGCAUGCGUCGGUGAAUUUAUCGGACCCUGACAAUAAUGUACCUGAAUUUGUAAAUACUGAAACUGAAGGUGCUUCAUCAUCGAGUGCAAAUUUUGACGCAGAAUGGCUAGUCUGUUGCAUUUGCGAGCGAGUUCUCUCCAUGACUUUAGAAGUGGAACCUAGUGAACAAUUAUGCUGCAUCGAUACAAACGGUAAAGGAUGUGUCGGUUCACGAAAGCUCAGUACGAUGUUUGUUUGCGAAGUUUGCAACUAUUUAUUCGCCGACGGACCUGCCCUCGACCGUCAUAAGCUCACGUGCUUUUCCCAAAAGGAAAAUGUACAGCCUGAUGAGUUUGCACCUGGUCUUCCGAACUCGGAAAAUUAUGAGUUACAAUGCACGAUUUGUGGAAAUCACUUUCCAACGGAGCUUGAUUUGAAAACACACGGGGAAACACAUCGCAAGAAUCGUACGCGCAGAUCGUAUAAGCCAAGCAGUAAUAACAAGAUGUGGAAUUGUGGAUCUUGUAACCAAUUAUUUGUUACUGCUAGGGAACUUUAUCGCCACAAACGUGGUGAAGACCGACCACCGGGUACACCACUGAUGGCGUACGUCUGUGAAGAAUGCAACAAAGUUUUGGGAAGUAUGUGCGCUUUGCACACUCAUAAGAAAAUGCACAAAGUCUCUAAGCCUGGCUACCCAUGUCGUAUUUGCAAUCGCCGUUUCAAUCAGUCAGGACACCUCGCCAUUCACAUGAGGAUGCAUACAGGAGAAAGACCGUACCCAUGCGAUCUCUGUUCCAAGGCAUUUAAAGUGAAGGUGGAGCGAGACGACCAUCGUCGGACCCACACCGGCGAGAGACCCUUCGCGUGUUCCGCCUGCCCCAAGACCUUCACGGCCGCGGCACGGUUGCGCGAGCACGCGAGGAUUCAUACUGACCAGAGACCGUACAUUUGUGAUAUAUGCGGGGCCGCAUUCCGGAGACCUUACGCGCGCACUGUGCAUACUCUCAUCCAUACGGGACAGAAGCCCCACGAAUGCGAUGUCUGCGGGACGGCUUUCAGACGUUCUGGCGAUAUGUGGAAGCACAAACGGACUCUGCAUGGGAUUCAACCAAGUGAUGUAGAAGCGAAAUAG